CAGUUAUACACCAUCGGCACGCCAUCCAAUCCAAGAAUAUAUACGGGCCGAGACGACGCAGCAGCUCUGAUUGCUCUGCCUUUCUUCCUCCCCUCCUUUCCCCCCUUACUACAGGAGGAAUCAAUCAAUCAUCAAUCCCCACUGCUCAGCCUCAGCCGGCCCUCAGCAAGCAAGGGACAGAGGCGGGAGGCGGCCGGCGGCCGGGGGGCGGCAGCAGCAGCAGUCUCCUCAUCGAGCUCUCCGGGACCGGCCGCGGGAAAGAAAAGGCGCGCCUUUGCUUUGCUUUGCUUCCCUUCCGUGGUGCUCAGUUGAGGGGGGCGGCCGGCGGGGAUGGGCAGCGGGGUCCGGGCGCUGAUGCGCCGGAAGCAGGUGGACUCGGAGCGGACGCGCGCCGCCGGCAGCGCCCACCAGCUCCGCAAGGAGCUCUCCGUCACCCAGCUCGUCGCCAUCGGUGUUGGGUCAACGAUUGGAGCCGGGGUGUAUGUCCUUGUUGGGACAGUUGCCCGGGAGCAUUCUGGGCCGGCAUUGACACUUUCAUUUCUGAUAGCCGGAAUAGCAGCUGCACUUUCAGCAUUCUGCUAUGCAGAGCUUGCUAGCCGUUGCCCUUCAGCAGGAAGCGCCUACCAUUAUUCAUACAUCUGCGUUGGCGAAGGAGUUGCAUGGUUGAUUGGUUGGGCUUUGAUACUUGAAUAUACGAUUGGUGGAUCAGCUGUUGCCCGUGGCAUAUCUCCCAAUCUAGCCAUCUUUUUUGGAGGACAGGAUAGUCUGCCAUGGAUUUUGGCACGGCAUCAGAUCCCAUGGCUUGAUGUUGUUGUUGAUCCUUGUGCUGCUUUCCUGGUUUUCGUUGUCACAGGUCUGCUAUGCGUGGGGAUAAAAGAGAGUUCAUUUGUGCAAGGAGUUGUGACAGUCCUAAAUUGCUUUGUGAUGCUAUUUGUUAUCAUAGCCGGUAGUUACAUCGGCUUCCAAACAGGAUGGGUUGGCUACAAGGUUGCUGGCGGAUUUUUCCCUUAUGGAGCAAAUGGAAUGCUUGCCGGGUCAGCAACUGUCUUCUUUGCCUACAUAGGCUUUGAUUCAGUUGCCAGCACUGCUGAGGAGGUGAAGAAUCCACAACGAGAUCUGCCAUUGGGAAUCGGAACAGCAUUGUCGAUUUGCUGUACCUUGUACAUGUUGGUUUCAGUUGUUAUUGUUGGUCUGGUACCAUACUUUGCUAUGGACCCAGACACCCCAAUUUCAUCUGCCUUUGCCAAACAUGGGAUGCACUGGGCAAUGUAUCUUGUAACAACUGGUGCUGUUCUUGCUCUCUGUUCAACCUUGAUGGGAUCUAUAUUGCCACAGCCAAGAAUAUUGAUGGCCAUGGCACGAGAUGGCCUGUUACCAUCGUUCUUCUCUGAUGUCCACAAGACGACACAAGUUCCAGUCAAAAGCACAAUAGUGACUGGCAUCUGCGCAGCUGCUCUUGCUUUCUUUAUGGAUGUCUCUCAACUGGCUGGAAUGGUUAGUGUAGGCACACUACUCGCGUUCACUAUAGUUGCUGUGUCCAUCUUGAUUCUUAGGUAUGUUCCUCCAAAUGAGGUACCCCUCCCAUCUUCCCUGCAAGUAUCAUUCCGCUUGAGCCAAGAAAAUGACGAGGAAAAGCUGAGGGGUACCCUUGGAGACAAUGAUCAUGAACAAGGGUCAGCUGAAAUAAGUGAUGUUGUAGUAGAAUCAAUUAAUGACCCCCUCAUUGAGAAGCAGCUGUACGCAAGCAAUUUGAAUGAGACAAAACGGCGUAAGACUGCUGCAUGCAGCAUUGCAUCUAUCUGCAUAGGGGUUCUGAUCCUCACAACUUCAGCUUCAGCGACAUUCUUGCCCUUCCUGGUGACAUGCUUCGUUUGUGCUUUUGGUGGCCUGCUCCUCCUAGCUGGUCUGGGCAUGCUCUGCUGGAUUGACCAAGAUGAUGGGAGGCACUCCUUUGGCCAUUCCGGAGGAUUCAUCUGUCCAUUCGUUCCCUUGCUGCCGGUAAUGUGUAUCCUCAUAAAUACAUACUUGUUAAUCAAUCUUGGUGGCGGCACAUGGAUGCGAGUGGGGGUGUGGCUGGUGAUGGGGGUGUUCGUCUACAUUUUCUAUGGCCGCACCCACAGCUCAUUGACAGAUGUCGUGUAUGUCCCUGUGGCUGAGGCGAAUGAGAUAUAUGGGUCACCCUCUUCAUCAGGGUUUGUGGCGUAAAGAGAGAUGGAGAUGUUUGUUGAAGCCUAUCUUGAGCUAGUCAGGGUACUUUUCACAGAACCUCAAGGAUCCUGACUUUAGCAGAUUCCUGCUUGAGCUAUCAUACGCAUUGCAGGGAUGGAUUUGAAGAAUUCAAUUUGUACGUCAAUUUUUAAAAUGUGUAAUUGUAAUGCACAACUAAACUUGUGUGCCUCUGUUCAAGGAAUGUAAAUAUUACAUAGUAGAACAAUAUAUUAUAGAUGGUGCCAGUAUAGAGGUAUUUGAAAGGGGGGUUCAGUCUAGGAAUUUGUACGUUGAAGUACAAAUUUGUUGUAAAUUCCCAGGAUUGAAAUUAUAGUCCCCAAUUCAAACAGGUCUGUGUGAGGCGUAUUAUGUGGUCAAAGCCUCAAACACAUUUUAUUUCA